CUUAGAGAAUGAGGUAGUAAUGGCCGUAUCGUGGUUGGUGGUGUCCUUGAUUUUGAUCUGUUUUGAUAUUCUCAAGUCUGCUGAGAAUGAGUGAUCCAUCGCGAAGGCUCAAGAAUCCGCUGCUAUCAGCUGCGGGCGUCGGAUUUCCUUUUGACAAUUUAGUGGAAAAUAAUUUUCUUGUGCCUGUGGCUCCUGCUGCCCCAGCUGUUCUUCCCGAUGAAAGUGAAAUUGGCGCCUUCGUAGCACAGGAACAAGCCCAAGGAGUACAGUCAAUAUCGCCUACGCGUAUUAAUACUGAUAGCGAGACAUUACACACGACGAGUACGCAUCAGCAAUCAACUGGCAUUGAUAUAUCUCCGGGGAAUAUACUGAAUCAGGAUUCUGCAUCACAGCCUCAAAGACAAGGUUAUUUUUCUUCGAUAUUGUCGUCGCUGCCAAACCUGUCACUGUCAUCGAUUAAGGGAGAGACGAAUAGCCCACAAAGUUCAGGAGAUCAAAGUGGAAUCGAUCAGAGUCAUUAUGGACGUCAAGAUUUUCCUGGUACGACGGUAGCUUCAUCAAUUUUUGAGUCGUCAAAUCCACACGAUAAUCAAAUACAGAAUCCAUCAGUACCCUUGGUACCUGUGGAAUCUUUUCAAGCAACUCCUCAACGACCUCCACCGGUGCAACCUCAAAGAUCUGGUGGUCCUACCUCAUUUCGACUGGGUUCUCAACGUCGAUUGAAGUACGCUCCACCACCUGAUCUAACGUCUAAUACGCCGAAGUAUCCGGCAGCCAACUUGACACCGUUUCCUUAUCCUCAGGGGAUUUCGUCUGCUACUACGUUUUUGGAUCCUACCGCUGUUACGCAUCCCCAAAGUUCUAGUAAUUCGGUACAAAGUUAUAGUUCUCCCGUACCAGGUAUCAGUGAGAAUCCUUCCCCAGCACAGACCAAUUCUCCUUCCCUCAGAGAGUCCAACGGGGCCAGUCCUCUCCCUCCUGGAAUUGUGUCUGAUCCUUCUACGUUCAUUACAGAGAGUCAGAACCCUUUGCAGAGUACUUAUCAGCGAAGCGUUUCUUCUACGCAUCCUUCAUCAGCCCCUAGAAAUAUUCAACCCUGGGUUCCGGAGCCGAUCACACCACAGAAUACCCCUUCUACAGCAUCUUUCCUAGAAUUUGCUCCAAUUUAUCCCUCCUACUCUUCAUAUGCCUCGCAUCCUGGUGGGACAUCCUCUUCUGGUAGUAUCGACAUUGGAAAACCUACUGAAUCUAGACAUUUUACUUCACAUCCUGAGAGUACGGGGAUCACAUUCGAAGUUUUAAAUCCUAUAAAUCCUCAGCCAUACAAGAUCAAUCAGGAAAGUAUCGUCGAGGCUCCAACUUUGGUACCUGUCACUGAAAAUCUUGGUGGGUCAUUUCAUACAGAGAGUACGUUCAGUCCAAUUUCUGCUGCAAAAGUAUCAGAGAAAUUAGAGCAUCUACUUGCUGAGCGACCUGAGGAAUUUAAAGAGAUUAAAAAUUCUCUUAAUUUUGAUACUGAAGCGGUUGUAGACACAACGAAGGUUGUACGUCUUGAGAAGCAGAAGGAAACGGAAUCAAAGACUUAUCCAUCAGCAGAUUCAGUGAGAAAAGAUUUGGUUCUUGGAGAUGUAGUUACAGCUGCGGGUCACGUAACAGAUAUUCUGACGAACCAGACAGCUUUGGGGCAAUUACAGCACGAGAUAAAAAGGGAUAACCUUUCACCUGCAGAAAAGAUCAUUGAGUCAUCUGCAGAAAAAUCCAACAAAACAGUACAUUUCUUGGAGAAUUCUCCAAUUUCAAAGGCAACUUCAAAUUAUUUUACUUCGCUUGGAGAAUCUCAAUCUACUCCAAGUCUUUACAAUCCUGCGACGUUCCAGGCGCCAUCUCCUACUUCAUAUCUUGCACCAGCUACUGCAAUAAAUACAUCAAAUACUGCAAUAAGUACACAUUUAACUACUGCAGGCCCCGGAACUUCUCAAUUUUGGAUUCACGAUACAGGACAUUCAAAUGUUCUCAAUCCCGUAUAUGGAGCGCCAAUCCAAUGUGCACCAACAUUUUAUGAUCCUACACAAUUUGCACCGAAUCAAAAUCUAAUCAGUAAGGAUCAGUCAACAAGUGAAAUAGGAUUCCUCGUGGGGAAUAGUGGCGGAUACAUUGCCCCUCCGACACCUCCUAUGACAGCAGCAGCCCCGGAGCCGUCGGGAUCAGCUACAUUGAAUCCAGUUCAGAUGUCCGCAAGUCCUCUGGGUCGUACGAGUCCAGAUACCAUUCCGUUUAGUCUGCAGAAACUGGCAGCAGGGACAACUGAAAGAAGAAUGCAAUACAGACCAGUGUAUCUCCAUUGGUUUCAUCGGAGGAUGGUGGAGAAUAAGAUUUUAUGGCUUCCAUUUUCUAUGCAAGACAGUCUCAAUCUGGAAGAGGUGCAUAAUUCUACUGAAAUCACACCAGACACUACAGUGGCUACUGACGGUGGUCGAUACGACGUUAAUAUUUUAAGAAGACAAAGAAAACCAGUCUACUGGUCAGGAAGCCCUGGAGAGGUUAGAAGAUGUUCAUGGUUUUAUAAAGGACCUUCUGAAUCUCGAUAUGUUCCAUACGAGGAGAGUACAGCAGUCAGAUUAGAGGAAGAAUACAAGCAGUGUUGCCUAACGGAUAAUUGGAACAAAAGAGUUGAACUGAAUAAUGGCGAAUACAUUAUUUUCCACAGUGCAACUGUCCAGGGACAUUAUCUUCAAGCAAGUUCACCUGAAUUAGCACCAUCCUGGGGUAACAGCGCUGGUUCAGAGGACAGUACAUAUUUACAGGGUGCAUCCAGCAGACCAAGGGUUGUUAAGAGAGGCGUUAGUGAAUUUAAUAUUGAUGAGGGUGAACCUGAGAAGGUGGAUCAUCUUCUGUUCCUCGUUCAUGGUAUUGGCAGUGUGUGCGAUUUGAAGUUCAGAAGUGUUGAAGAAGUAGUUGAUGAAUUCAGAAGUAUAUCUCUUCAACUGGUGCAAUCUCAUUAUCGAACUGCUAGUGAACAUGGAAUUGUAAACAAGAUAGAAGUUCUACCAGUAUCUUGGCAUACAACUCUUCAUUCUGAAGACACUGGGAUAGAUAAGAAACUUCAAGCCAUAACCUUGAAAAGCAUUCCUAAAUUACGUCACUUUACCAAUGAUACUCUUCUGGAUAUACUGUUUUACACUAGUCCCAUAUACUGUCAGACAAUCAUGCAGACAGUUGGUACCGAACUGAACAGAUUGUAUGGCCUUUUCAAGGAAAGAAAUCCAGGAUUUCAGGGUGGAGUUUAUUUGGGUGGUCAUUCCCUGGGAAGCUUAAUAAUCUUUGAUCUUCUUUGUCAUCAAAAACCUCCUGACGAAGAGAUUCCAGAAGAACAAAGUGAUGGAGAUGCCAAUGUCAGUGAGAACGGAUCUAAAGAGGAUAAUCUAGAACCCAUUAAAUCUACCCCUGUCCCAGUACUGAAACGACGUCUCAGUAAAAAAAUUAGUUAUGUCAUGGGAGCUGCUGGUACUGGCCAACCUUACAUUCAUUAUCCGGAACUCAAUUUUCAUCCCAAAGCCUUCUUUGCAUUAGGUAGUCCAAUUGGCAUGUUUGUUACUGUUCGAGGCAUCGAUACUCUGGGAGAAGAUUUUGCUUUGCCUACGUGUCCUGCUUUCUUCAAUAUCUUCCAUCCAUUUGAUCCUGUCGCUUAUAGGAUUGAAGCACUGAUUGAUCCUCAAGCAAGUAACUAUAGGCCUAUGCUAAUUCCGCACCAUAAAGGAAGGAAACGAAUGCACUUAGAAUUAAAGGAGACAAUGGUACGAGUUGGAACAGAUUUGAAGCAGAAACUACUGGAUUCUGUAAGGACCACGUGGAACUCUGUGUAUCAGUUAGCCAUGUUUCAUAAGUCAGAUAAUCAAGCCCUUGAAAGAGAAAUAGAUAAAGUAGUUGAAGAACAACUACAGAACAGUCCAACUGAAACUGAACAGCAGGCUAACGACGAUGGUGGAGCUGAUAUUAAGAUAGGUAAACUCAAUGGGGGUCGCAGGAUCGAUUAUGUUCUCCAGGAAGCGCCAUUUGAGUCAAUCAAUGAAUAUAUUUUCACUUUGACCAGUCAUGUAUGUUAUUGGGAGUCCGAGGACACAAUGCUGAUGAUACUAAAAGAGAUUUAUGGCUCAAUGGGUAUUCAAGCAGAUGCACAACUGCCUCCACAAACCAUGAUCAUCGAAAGGUCGUCACCUUCACAGUCGACAACCUCCGGCCCUUCAACGUCAAACACAACGGACUCUCUUGCAGCGUCUGCAUUGUCUAGUCCUAUAGGAAUGGAUCCAACGGCACCUAUCACGAAUAAUACAGUGGGACCACCACCAACUUCUGGCUUUGUUUACCGUAAAUCGUGAUCCACGCCGACAAAUAAUUUCUUAGAGCUUAAGCAUGGUUUAUGUGGAAGCGUUCAACAAAUUUCUGAGUGGAAGUGUCCCAGUUAAAGUGAGAACAUAGUGCGCGAUAAAUGAAACUCACUCUACAGUGACUAUUUUAUCUCAAGAUUAUCAUUCUGAUAAUGAAAGUAUGAUUUACGGAGCAUCGUGUUGUAAAAAUAAUCAAAAAAAAAAAUGGAUUUUUUAGCGUAAAUCGCUUUUUUCAGCCUUGGAGUUAUACACCAAAUAGAGUAUUAAGAAAUUAUGUUAUUAUUGGUCUAACAUUUAUCUUAAUCCCUCAUAAAAAAUGAUACAGAAAGAGGGUACUAUGAACAAUGAAUGUUUUUCUAUAAUAAGGAAGAAGCUCGCUAUAAAAGAGUGAAUAUUGAUUGCGAGCUUUUCAUCGUGCACGAAAAUAUUUUAAUAAAAGGCUGUAUUCUUCUAAA